AUGCUGAGUUUUCACACCCGAGUCAACUUAAAAAGAAAGCAGGAUUUGUGUACGUUGGUGUCAAGCUAUUCUUACCUAUACUACCCCUCAGGGGCRAGACUCAACGGUCCCAGAGGAUGGACUCCAAACUAUUCACAAAACSUUCAAUGGCUGCAGAUCAAUGUUGGGAAGAUUGCAACGAUUACUGGUAUCGCAACACAAGGACUGAAAGAUCUCAAGAAAAACUACUGGGUACAGAGCUUCACCCUCAAGUAUCGUACCGACAAUGACAGCAUUUACCAUGAUUACAAGAAAGUAUUCAAAGCCAAUGUUGAUAAAGAUACUGCCGUAUUUCACUCUCUCAAUCCUCCAAUUAUCGCACGAUAUGUGAGGGUAUUACCRUCGAGCUGGAAUAUUCACAUUGGGUUGAGAAUGGAUCUCUAUGAACAGAAAUGCGAAAAAGAUUCAUGUUCAUAUGCUCUAGGGAUGCAAAGUAAAUCCAUUCAAAACCAUCAAGUUACAGCGUCAUACACCGAAUACAUGUACGCGUAUCCACCAUGGAACGCAAGAUUAGACGGCAAUGAUGCCUGGGUAAUUUCCAAUGGAGUAAACUCGUGGCUACAAAUCAAUUUAAUCGACGUAAAAAAAGUCACUGGAAUCGCUACACAAGGCACUCAUCGURUUUCUGGAACUUUUGUUAAAGAAUACGAGCUUGUAUAUAGUAAUAACACAUCGAGUUUCCUGAAAUAUAGCAAAAGUUUUCAAGGAAAUAUCGACAAUGUAGGGAUUGUGUAUAACUCCAUCGAACCACCCAUUAUUGCAAGUGUUAUACGUAUUUUGCCAACUAAGUUCAAUCUUGGAUCUUUUCUCUCACUCAGAGUUGAGUUAUAUGGUUGUCCUUACGUAGGAGCUUGGCAAGGGAGCAACUAGUUUAGCACGGAAUACGUACGUUUAGUCUUACGUAGUCUUACGUGUAAACUAAGUUCAAUCUUGGAUCUUAUGUCUCACUCAGAGUUGAGUUAUAUGGUUGUCCUUACGUAGGAGCCUGGCAAGGGAGCAACUAGUUUAGCACGGAUCAAAACUUACGUUGUUUGCGSAGCCGAUGCAUUUUUUUUUAAACUCACCUAAUCGUUUGGCUUUACGAGUAAUAUAAACCCCCAGACUAAAGAGGCGAUAUAUGGACAUUCACUACUCCUUUUAACAAUAAGAGAAAUUAUUGYUUUCCUAGUGAGACACUGAUUCCCAUUGAAUAAAGUGAGAAAGAAGGCUAUUUUGCUUGUAUUUGAAUAUCAAUAUGAGGGACGCGGCCAAACUGAAAUAAAACUUUCGSAAACAAUCUGAAAACAGAGUAAAUAACAAUAAGUGGAAUAUAACGUAGCUCGUAGUCUUGCGCGCAAUGCUCACUUAA